AUGAACGAACUCGCGAGAGGGCUGGCGGGAUUGGGGUACGAAAUCGUGUCCACGGGCGGGAGCGCGAAGGCGAUCGAGGCGAGCGGGACGGCGGUGACGAGCGUGGACGCGGUGACGGGAUUCCCUGAGAUGCUCGAUGGACGCGUGAAGACGCUGCAUCCGGGCGUGCACGGAGGUAUACUGGCGAAACGUGAGGACGCGUCGCACAUGGAGGCGAUCGCGAAGCAUGGGAUCGAUACCAUCGACGUCGUGGCGGUGAACCUGUACCCGUUUCGGGAAACCGUGGCGGGCGGAGGAGAUUUCGCGCAGUGCGUGGAGAACAUCGAUAUCGGUGGACCGGCGAUGAUUCGGGCGGCGGCGAAGAACCACCCGCACGUGUACGUCGUCGUCGAUCCGAACGAUUACGAAAAGUUGAUUGAACAUUUGAAGAGUUCGCCGAGCGCGGCGGACGACUUGAAGUUCAAGCGCGAGUUGGCGUGGAAGGCGUUCCAACACUGCGCCUCGUACGACUCCGUGGUUUCGGAAUACUUGUGGAGUCAAAUCGGCGAGGGUGCCCCAGCGCCCGAGCUUUCGGUGCCGAUGACGCUCACGGCGGCGCUGCGAUACGGGGAGAACCCGCACCAACCCGCCGCGGUAUACGCGGAUGGUUCGCUCGCCGAGUCUACGGGCGAGGGCGUGGCGCGAUCGAUCCAGCAUCACGGCAAGGAAAUGAGUUACAACAACUAUCUCGAUGCCGACGCCGCGUACGGGUGCGCGUGCGAUUACCCGACGAGCGAUCCGACGUGCGUCAUCGUCAAGCACACCAACCCGUGCGGCAUCGCGAGCGCGAGCGGCGCCAAUGGCGAUUUGCUCGAAGCUUACCGCAUGGCGGUUCGCGCCGAUCCGAUCUCCGCGUUCGGUGGCAUCGUCGCCUUCAACUGUACGGUCGAUGCGGACAUGGCGCGAGAAAUUCGCGAGUUCCGCUCUCCCACCGACGACGAGACGCGCAUGUUUUAUGAAAUCGUCAUCGCUCCGUCCUACACUCCCGAAGGUUUGGAGGUGUUGAAGGGUAAGUCCAAGACGCUGCGCAUCUUGGAAACCAAGCCGCGCACGGGAUCAACGAAGAGCUUGCGACAAGUCGGCGGUGGCUGGCUCGAGCAAGCCUCGGACUCUCUCGUGCCCGAGGACAUUACGUUUGAAGCCGUCUCUGACGUCAAACCCACGCCAGAGCAACUCGAAGCCUUGAAGUUUGCCUGGCGCGCGGUCAAGCACGUCAAGUCCAACGCCAUCACCGUCGCCACCACCGGUCGACUUCUCGGCAUGGGCUCCGGCCAGCCCAACCGCGUGAACUCUGUUCGCAUCGCCCUCGAAAAGGCGGGCGAAGAGGCGCAGGGCGCCGUUCUCGCCUCGGACGCCUUCUUCCCUUUCGCUUGGGGCGAUUCCGUGGAGAUCGCGUGUCAGGCCGGCAUCAAAGCCAUCGCCCAUCCCGGCGGUUCCAUGCGCGACCAAGACGCCGUGGACGUGUGCAACAAGUACGGCGUCGCCCUCGUCACCACCGGUCAUCGACACUUCCGUCACUAG